CAAAAACCCUAAUAUAUAUAUAUACACAUAUAUUAUCCUCUUUUUUGUAUUUCUAGAGAGAGAAGAGAGUAUAGGGCAAAGCUGAGUUGCCUUUGAUACUGCUGCCAAUUCCCUCCUUCCCCUACUUGUCAGCACAUGCAUUCCACUUUCCACUACAAAAUCACCUUUGGCCCCCCAAAAAUUUUUACCCUCACCCACAAGAAAAGCAUACCAUCUAUUUCUCUCUCUCAAAAAUCCCCACCAUGAUCAUCUUCUAAAAUUCCAUUGUCCCAACCCCAAGAUUUUAUUUUGUUCAUAUAGUCUCAAUUACCAACCCCAUCUUACCAAAUUUCCAUCCCUUUCUUGUUCUGUUGUUCUUGUUGUUGUUCCAAGUAUGAGAACUGGCGGUUGCACAGUGCAACAAGCCCUAACUCCUGAGGCUCUGGGUGUUGUAAAGCAAGCCGUGAUCUUGGCCAAGCGCCGCGGUCACGCGCAGGUCACGCCGCUCCACGUUGCGAGCACGAUGCUCGGUGCUGCCACUGGCCUCCUCCGCACUGCCUGCCUCCAGUCCCAGUUCCACUCCCACCCUCUCCAGUGCAAAGCCCUAGAGCUUUGCUUUAAUGUCGCCCUCAACCGUCUACCGGCUAAUUCCAACUCCAGCCCCAUGUUAGGACCUCCAUCCCAGCACCACAGCCACCACCCCUCCAUCUCCAAUGCCCUCGUCGCGGCCUUCAAGCGCGCCCAAGCCCACCAACGCCGUGGCUCGAUUGAGAACCAGCAGCAGCCCCUCUUGGCCGUCAAAAUAGAGUUGGAACAGCUCAUAAUCUCCAUUUUGGAUGAUCCCAGCAUCAGUCGGGUGAUGAGAGAAGCUGGAUUUUCAAGCACACAAGUGAAGAGUAAAGUGGAACAAGCCGUGUCAAUCGAGCUUUGUAAUAAUAAUUCCUCCCAAAUUACCGCAACCACCAAGUCCAAAGAGAACAAUAGUAAUAGCAACAACAAUAAUCUUCAAGCUAUAGAGAAGUCACCCGGGAAAUCGGUAUCAGAUCGAGUCAUCAGCGAGGACGACAUCGCUGCAGUCAUCAACGAUUUAGCAGAGAGACGGAGGCGGAGCGUGGUGGUAGUUGGGGAGUGCGUCGGAAGCCUCGAGGGCGUGGUGGAGGCAGCCAUUGGGAGGAUUGAGAGAAAAGAAGUGCCGGAGUGUUUGAGGGAGGUGAAGUUCAUAAACCUCUCAAUUUCAUCUUUCAAGAAUAGGACAAGAAUGGAGGUUGAGCAGAAGGUUAUGGAACUCAAGAGCUGGAUAAGGGGGUGUUUGGGGAAAGGGGUAAUAUUGUACGUGGGGGAUAUCAAAUGGACCAUAGAUUAUAGGGCUAGUUAUUCAAGCAGCCAAACGAGGGCUUAUUAUUGUCCUGUGGAGCACAUGAUUAUGGAGUUAGGGAAAUUGGCAUAUGGGAAUUAUUAUGUGGGAGAUGUUUGGAUAAUGGGAAUUGCCACUUUCCAAACUUACAUGAGAUGCAAAUCUGGGAACCCUUCUCUUGAAACUCUAUUGGCCAUUCAUCCUCUUACAAUUCCAGCAGGCAGCUUGAGGCUGAGUCUCAUCUCUGAUGAUCGUGAAAUUCAAAGUCAGUCAUCUGAAGAGAAUAAGCAGCAGCAAAUUACUGAAGUUGAAGAUGAGGAGAAUAAUAACAAUAAUAAUAAUAAUAAUAAGCAGCAGCUGAGUUGUUGUGCUGAGUGUUCAGCAAAAUUUGAGGCAGAAGCCAGAAGUUUACAAAGCUCAAAUAAUAGUGAGUCAACAAGCUCUUCCAAUAGCCCUCUUCCUGCAUGGCUUCAACAAUACAAAAAUGAGCAGAAAGCAAUGGGAGAAAAUGACCAGAACUGUGUCGCAGUCGCAGAGCUUUACAGAAAGUGGAACUCCAUUUGCAAUUCAAUUCACAAAAACCACUCCAAUAAUAUUUCUUCUAAUUCUGAUGAUCAGAAAAGUCUCUCAUUUUUCUCUUGUAUUCUUCCCAAUUCUUCUUCGGCUUCUGGGUUUUCGUACGACCAUCACAACCAUUCCUACAAUUUCUUUCACCAUCCAUAUAUCCACAAAGAGAAGCUUGAUCAGCCGAAGCCACUCUUGGCGUCGAAUAAUAAUAACAAUAAUAAUAUUAAUAACGGGUCGACCCCUUCUUCGGGUUCAUCGGGAAGCGACGUCGUAAUGGAGGCCGGGGAGUAUGUGAGUCGGUUCAAGGAGCUGAACUCGGAGAAUUUCAAGAGCUUGUGCAGUGCUUUGGAGAAGAAGGUACCAUGGCAGAAGAAUGUGGUUGGGGAUAUUGCGAGUGCAAUUCUUCAGUGCAGGUCCGGCAUGGGGAAGAGGAAAGGGAAGAUGGGCCAUGCCGAGUUCAAGGAGGAAACUUGGUUGCUCUUUCAAGGCAAUGAUGUAGCAGCGAAAGAGAAGGUGGCAGCAGAGCUAGGUAGGGUUAUAUUCGGGUCAGAAACAUCGAACUUGGUGUCCAUAACUCUGAGCAGCUUCUCCUCCACGAGGGCAGAUUCCACAGAAGAUUAUUGCCGAAACAAGAGAUCAAGAGACGACCAAAGUUGCAGCUACAUCGAGAGAUUCGCAGAAGCAGUGUCCACAAACCCUCACCGAGUGUUCUUAAUAGAAGACGUUGAGCAAGCCGAUUACUGCUCCCAAAUGGGUUUCAAAAGAGCCAUCCAAGGAGGAACAGUCAUCAACUCCAAAGGCCAACAGGUUUCCUUAGCCGACGCCAUCGUCGUUCUCAGCUGCGAGAGCUUCAGUGCCCGGUCUAGAGCCUGCUCGCCUCCGGCUCCCGCCAAAAACCCAUCACAAAAAGAUGAUCAGAGCCAAGAGAUUCAACAAGAAGAACGAGAACGAGAAGAAGAAACAGGACCUUCCUUGGCUUUGGAUUUGAACAUUUCUAUUGAUGAUGAUGAUAGAGCUGAAGAUCAUCAGUCUAUUGAUGAUGUUGGGCUUCUAGAUUCUGUUGAUAGAAGAAUUAUUUUUCAAAUUCAGGAAUUAUGAGUAGAAAAAAAUGUCAAAAGAGGAGGAAAA